AUGGAUCAAUCAGCCAUAGAUAUGUUCUUAUGGAACCAACAUAGCUCUUUCUCUCACCAGCCACUAGUAGAGAAUAACAUAGCAAGGAGCAACAAUGUUGCAAGUGUUUUUGGUGAGGAGUUCUCCAAUUUUCCUUUUUCUGGCGGUUCGACCCAAGGGCUUCUCUGGCCCAACACUCAAGAGUCAUGCUUUGUUGAUGAGUUUUUGCCAAAGGAAGAGCCUUUGGAGUGCACAAGCAUCAACCAAAACCCCAUGUUGUGUAUGACAGUCAUGGAUGUUACACCCAUCAAUGGGAAAGGGGUUGGAAGAAGGAGUACUAAGAAAGAGUCUUCUAUGCCUUUGAUCAAAGGACAGUGGACCUAUGAAGAAGACAUGAAAUUGAUUAGUUUGGUGAAUCAAUAUGGGGAAACAAAAUGGGGUAAAAUAGGUGAUAUGUUAGAAGGAAGGGCUGGCAAGCAAUGUCGCGAGAGAUGGUAUAAUCAUUUGCGCCCUGACAUUAAGAAAGGUAGUUGGAGUGAAGAAGAAGAGAAGGUCCUUGUAGCUACCCAUGCCAAGAUGGGAAACCGUUGGGCUGAUAUAGCAAACCUUAUUCCAGGAAGAACCGAGAACGGCGUAAAGAACCACUGGAAUGCAACUAAGAGGAGGCUAAAUUCAAACAGAAAGAACAAGAAAGCUGCACAGAGCUCUAAUGGAAAACCACACUCUUCCAUACUUGAAGACUAUAUCAGAAGCAAGACUCUCACUUGCACCAAUCCCACAACUUCUCCCAUGUCCUCUGUCUCGAACAGAGCACUACUACUCUUUGAAGACCUUUCAUCAAACAGUUACGAUGCAAACCUUGAAUUCCUAGAUCCCUCUGAUUCUAUUGACACUGAGGUACUCUUCAUGCAAAAGAUGUUCAAAGAGAAUCAGAAUCAGGAAUCAUUUUUCAAUGUUGAAGCUUCUAAUCUUAACAAGAUGACUUCAACCUCUCACUUGGCCUUUUGUCAAACAGAUGGUGUUCAUGAUGUGACACAGUGUGGCUUUGUUUACCCCUUCCAAUAUCCAGAUAACAUGCACUUGGGUGAUAAUAAUUUCCUUCAUAGAGAGACUGUUACCCAGCCUAUGAACUACCUCCCUUCAGAUCUUUAUGGCUCUCCCUUGUUCAAUCUGUAG